AUGUACCAAGCCACCGCUCAAAGCGUUCGCGAAGGGUUGGUGGAGCGAUGGAACGACACGUACGCGCACUUCCACAAGGAGAACCCGAAGCAGGCGUACUACCUUUCCAUGGAGUACUUGCAAGGGCGCGCGUUGACGAACGCCAUCGGUAACAUGGGUCUCACCGGCGAGUACUCUGAGGCGCUUCGCUCGCUCGGUUACACGUUGGAAGACGUCAUGAGCGUCGAACGCAAUGCCGGUCUCGGCAACGGCGGUUUGGGUCGCUUGGCGUCGUGUUUUUUGGACUCCAUCGCCACCCUCGACCUUCCGGCUUGGGGCUACGGUUUGCGUUACAAGUACGGUUUGUUCAAGCAAGGUGUCGACAAGGCGACCGGGGAGCAGCUCGAGUACGCUGAUGACUGGCUCGAAGUCGGCAACCCGUGGGAAGUCGCUCGCCCGCAAGUGAGCUACCCGAUUUCUUUCUACGGUAAGGUUGUCAACGGCAAGUGGGCGCCGGGCAAGCAAGUGCGCGCGGUCGCGUACGAUUCCCCGAUUCCGGGUUACAAGACGCGCAACUGCAUCUCUCUUCGCAUGUGGGACGCUCAACCGUCCGCCGUGGAAUUCGAUUUGGCCGCGUUCAACGCGAGCGACUACGAAACCUCCAUGGGGCCGACGAACUUGGCAUCCAUGUUGUGCGCCGUGCUUUACCCGGGUGAUGGCACGCGCGAAGGUAAGGCGUUGCGCUUGAGCCAACAAUACAUGCUCUGCUCCGCGUCCGUGCAAGACAUUUUGGCGCGCUGGAAGGAGCGUGGCAACUCUGACUGGAGCAAGCUCCACGAAAAGGUUGCGAUUCAAAUGAACGACACGCACCCGACGCUUGCCGCGCCGGAACUCAUGCGCAUCUUGAUGGAUGACGAAGGCUUGAGCUGGGACGACGCGUGGGCCGUCACGAAGAAGACCGUGGCGUACACGAACCACACCGUCAUGCCGGAGGCGCUCGAAAAGUGGCCGCUCGAUUUGGUCGAGGAGCUCCUCCCGCGCCACAUGGAAAUCAUCAAGCGCAUCGACGAAGAAUUCAUCGCGUCUGCGGCCAAGGCCAAGGCGGCCAAGGCGGCCAAGAAGGAUGACAAGAAGAAGGAUGACAAGAAGAAGAAGGAGUCGGAAGAAGAAAAGCCCGCGAUGGUUCGCAUGGCCAACUUAUGCUGCAUCUCUGGCAUGGCCAUCAACGGCGUCGCCGCCAUUCACUCUGAAAUCGUCAAGGAUUUCACCUUCAACGACUUUUACAAGCUCUUCCCGGAGAAGUUCCAAAACAAGACGAACGGCGUCACGCCGCGCCGUUGGUUGGCGUUCUGCAACCCGCAACUCUCUGCGGUGAUCACCAAAUGGGUGGGUAACGACAAGUGGGUCACGGAUACCGACGAGCUCCGCAAGCUGGCCGAACACGCCACUAACCCGGAGCUCCAAGCCGAAUGGAAAGCGGCGAAGUUGGCUCGCAAGAAAAUUUGCAAGGACUACAUCAAGAAGGUUACGGACAUCGACGUUCCCAUCGAUUCCAUGUUUGACAUCCAAGUCAAGCGCAUCCACGAGUACAAGCGUCAGUUCUUGAACAUCUUAGGCAUUAUUUACCGAUACAAGCAGAUGAAGGCGAUGACUCCGGAGGAGCGCGCCAAGUGCGUGCCGCGCGUGUGCAUCUUUGGCGGCAAGGCGUACGCGACCUACACGCAAGCCAAGCGCAUCGUUCGUCUCAUCAACAACGUCGGUAGCGUCGUGAACAACGAUCCGGAGAUCGGUGAUCUGCUCAAGGUCGUCUUCGUUCCGGAUUACAACGUUUCUUUGGCUGAAACCUUGAUCCCGGCGUCCGAGUUGUCUCAGCACAUCUCCACCGCCGGUACCGAGGCGUCUGGUACUUCCAACAUGAAGUUCCAAAUGAAUGGUUGCUUGAUCAUCGGUACUCUCGAUGGUGCUAACGUCGAAAUUCGUGAGUGCGUCGGCGACGACAACUUCUUCUUGUUCGGUAUCACCGAUCCCGAAGUCGAACCGGCGAGAGCCGAGCGCGCCGCGGGUAAGUUUGUUCCGGAUGCGCGCUUCACGGAAACGUUGGAAUACGUUCGAUCUGGCGUCUUCGGCGACAAGUUCGAGGAGUUGUUGGGCUCUCUCGAAGGCAACGAGGGCUUCGGUCGCGGUGACUACUUCCUCGUCGGUAAGGAUUUCGCGUCUUACCUCGAAGCGCAAGAGCGCGUCGACGUGGCGUACGCCGAUUCCAUGGGCUGGACCGAGUCCUCCAUCAUCUCCACCGCGUUCAGCGGUAAGUUCAACUCCGAUCGUACCAUCGACCAGUACGCGAAGGAGAUUUGGGGCAUUAAGCCGUGCACUGUUCCGGAAAGAAAGUGAGCGAUGCGACCGGCCACCCGUUGACGAUUCCACCUGGCGCGCGCGCGCUCUCAUAAAAUUCGUCUCGAAGUCAGCUCACCUUCAGUUGACGCGAACACGAUCGGCCCGCGGC